AGCAGGUAGGUGGGUGGGGCGAAGGCCUGUGCGGCAAUUGGCCAGGGGCCCUAGGCAAGCGGAGCCGUGAUUGGCGGCCCCGGGCAGCGAGGCCGAGCGGAUCACGGGAUGGAAGCGCCUGAGGCGGACGGCUCCGGGGGAGACUUCGCGGUGUCCAGCUCGCCCCGCAGCUGCCCGGCAGUGCCCGGCCCCACCCGCCUCCGGGCCUUCCUCUGGUGCCGCGAAUUCCUGGGCGGGGCCUGGCGCCGCCUGGCGGGGCCCGAAGAGCUCGGCGUCGUCCCUGUCAGCGGGGGGCUCAGUAAUCUCCUCUACAAGUGCACUCUGGCGGAUCACAUUGCAACCACAGAAAAUGAGCCGCGCCAGAUUCUCCUGCGCAUCUAUGGGGUCAUCCUUCAGGGUGUCGACUCGCUGGUUCUCGAAAGCGUCAUGUUUGCCAUCCUGGCCGAGCGGGCGCUGGGGCCACGGCUCUAUGGCAUCUUCCCUCAGGGACGCCUGGAGGAAUAUAUCCCAAGCCGCCGCCUGCUCACAGAGGACCUGCCAGACCCCCGCAUCUCAGGGGAGAUUGCAAUGAAGAUGGCUCGCUUCCAUGGGAUGGUUAUGCCCUUCAACAAGGAGCCCAAGUGGAUGUUUGGGACAAUGGAGAGGUACUUGAAGCAGAUCUCCGAGCUGACAUUCCCCCAGGAGGCCCAACUGCAGAAGCUCAACAGGCUCAAGGCGUACAACUUGGAGGCUGAAAUGUGCAGCCUCAGGGCCGUGCUGGAGGCCACCCCAUCCCCCGUGGUCUUCUGCCACAAUGACGUGCAAGAAGGGAACAUCCUGCUCCUGGCUGGGCGGGAGGCCGCCGCCUCUGAGCGCCUCAUGCUGAUUGACUUUGAGUACAGCAGCUACAACUACAGGGGCUUCGACAUCGCUAAUCACUUCUGCGAAUGGGUUUACAACUAUUCCCAUGAUCAGUGGCCUUUCUAUAAAGCCAGCCCAGAAAACUACCCCAGCCGUGAGCAACAGCUGCACUUUAUCCACUGCUACCUGGAGGAAGCAGCUGGGAAGGAUGCGCCCCCCUCUCCUCAAGAACAGGAGCGCAUUGAGGGCGAGAUGCUUCUGGAGAUCAGCCGGUUCACAAGGGCCUCCCACUUCUUUUGGGGGUUGUGGUCCAUCUUGCAGGCCAAGAUCUCCACCAUUGACUUUGGCUACCUGGAAUACGCGCAGUGUCGUUUUGAGGCUUACUUCCAGCAGAAGGCGCUGUGUGACUGACUGUGGCCCAGCCUGCCUCCACAGCCAGCACCCCCACCCCCAGCUAAUGUGGCAGCACCUCGAUUCAACACGGAUCUCAAGGGACAUCAUUGCCCGUGGACCAAACUCUUUCCCUGGAUGCAGAAGGGUUGGCUGGCCAGCUCUUGACCUACAGCAAAAACUCUAUAAUAUGGGCUGGGGUGGUUCAUACUAGGCAUGCCAGGCUGGCCAGCUUGCUGCGGAGCCCCUGUAAGGUACUCAUAAAUCGGAAGGAUGUUGGUCAGUGAAAUGUUUGAGGCAUGGCUUCUGACAGGUGAGGCGGGAGGCCCCUAAAUGAAGUGGGGCCCUUGGGGGAAGGAGGACAAAUAGACCUCUGCACUUUGCGGUCAAAGGGGAAUGAAUGGUGUGUGCCCCAGAAAGCCACCUGCUUCCUCUUGGCCUUCUGCAUCUCCCCUAGACGUCUUGCCCUUCCCCAGGUCUCCCACUUUCCUCCCCACUUUCCCACUGAUUCUCCUUGACUGCCCUGCCUGUCUCAGUGCUAGACACAGAUGAUGACACCUGGGGAUGCAGUCAUGGGGGGGGAUUGCUGAACACAAUGCCAGAUGAGCCCCCUUCCUUGGGGCAUUGGGGGAGGGGGGUCCAUUCCUUGCUUUUUUGCACGUUGCUGCUUUCGGGUGGCCACUGCCAUCCUCCUGACCACCACCAUCUGCUAAUACUGUAUCCGUGCUCGUGUGGGGUAUCUUAGGGAAACGUGGGAGGCCAGAGCUGGGAUGUCAGUAGGGAACUGUGCAGGCAGAGCAGGAGGGCCCAGUGGGCUCACCUCUGCCCCAUCCCCCGCCCCAAAUAUGGCACUACUCGAUGAGGGAGCACAGUGCUCUGAAGGCCUUCAGUCACCACAUGCAGUCAUAGCUGACUUGGAGGGGCCUCUCUGGAACGGUAGUUCAGUGAGGCCGGUACUUGGAGGGCAGGCCCUGCAGGCACCCUCCACCUUGCGCAGGCUUCCUGGUUGCCACAAGCAUUUGGACCUGCUGUCCACAGAGAGGACCAGCCACAUUUCCAUUUUCUCCUAUUGCGGGGGAGAGAAGGGGUUCUUCCAGAUCCUUCUUUUUCUUGGGAAUGGGCUUGCUGCUUGCUGCGGAGAGAGGAGUAGGAAAGAAAUGACACAUUUUGGUCUUUGUUAUAGAUAGACUUUGUUGCAGCCGCGUUUUUACGAAUGUCCAGCAGGGGGCGCCGGUGAUGCCGUGGGCUCUGCCCCAAGCUAUCUAUCAGUGGGCUGCCUGUCUGCCCUCCCGCUCUGUUCUCAGGAGGGAUCUUCUGUAUCCUGGCAUCACUCCUGGCAUUACUGUGGAAUGUAAUCUCUGCAAUUACCAAUAAACACCUGGCACUCCAUGUUACCAGAAACCUA